UUUUAAUGUUUCAUAAAUUGUGCCAAUAUCUGAAUAACAUUAUUCUGCUUUUACUGACCGAACAAUGGAGAACAGAGUUGAAGGAGAAAAUACUUCACUGGAAAACCUGUACACAUUACAUAGGAAAUUUGCCGUAAGAAGCACUGUAGCUGUAGCAUUCACGAUGAUACUUGUAUUUUCUGUUGGAUUGCACACUUACAUCAUGAUGAUUAAUUCGGAAUCUGGAGCUUUCUGGCCUGCUGUCCCGAUGCUGCUUGGCGUGGUAUUUGCAUACACUGGUCUAAAUUUGAAAAUCCUUGGUCGACCAAUGAUGAUUGCGAGCAUGGUAUUUAUGGCUAUUGCGGUGCUAAUGUGUUUCAUAGCUGCAAUUGCUGACGGAGCUGCUGCGCAAGAUAUUCACCAUACCGAUUUCAGGAUGUGUUUUUAUGCUGAAAAUGACGACUUUACUCCUCCUUGCAUCGACAACGAUACUAGACAAUAUAAUAUAUACCCGAAAAGAAGUUGCAAUUGUUGUUCCCAAUGGAAGAAUGCUUACAUAACUAGGACAUGGUACAAUGUUGACGCUUGUGAAACAAUUUCACACACGUUCCAAGGAUUUUUAUGGACUUCGGUCGCUUGCAAUAUAUUCGCAGUCGUUGUUUGCGUGAUGAGCUGUUCAUCAAUCGGAGGAUACUUGAGUUCGAUUACAGCACGCAAUCACACUGGACAAGUAAUAGCCGGACCAGUUCACUACGUUCCAACUGUCGGGGAAAAUGUAGCGAUGACAGCUGCACCUCAGCCACGACGAGAUGUCGCCCAAACACCUCCCAAUCUUCCAUUCCCGGGAGUUUCAACUGGUGCUAGAGAUUGGGAAACUUUCGAUCAAGACGAGCGACACCUUCAAAUAACAACGAAUUUUAGAACAUAUGAUCACACAGCACUAGUCGAAACUGACGUUUUGUAAAUAAUGGCAAAGAAAUAUACCAUCAUAUUGUAAUGCAAA